AUGCCUUCCAAGAGCAGCAUUCUCUCCCUCGCGGCGGCCGUCUCGUCCGCCGCUGCCUUCCAGGGCUUCAACUACGGCUCCACCUUCAACGAUGGCUCGCUGAAGCAAGAGUCGGACUACGAGGCUGCCUUCACCACGGCGCAGAACCUCGAGGGCACCAACGGCGGCUUUACCAGCGCGCGUCUGUUCACCAUGAUUCAAGGCAACACGGCCAACGAGCCCAUCAGCGCCAUCCCCGCCGCCAUCAAGACGAAGACAUCCCUCCUCUUUGGUCUGUGGGCGUCGGCGGGUGACGACGCCUUUGGCAGCGAGAUUGCGGCCCUCCAGAACACGAUUGACCAGUACUGCGACCAGCUCGACGGUCUGGUGGCGGGCAUCUCCGUCGGCAGCGAGGAUCUCUACCGCAUCUCGCCCACGGGCAUCGCCAACGACGAGAACCCCGGCGCCAGCCCCGACACCCUCGUCAACUACAUCCAGCGCACGCGGGACACCAUCAAGGGCUCCUGCCUGGCCGACGUCCCCGUCGGUCACGUCGACACCUGGACUGCCUACGUCAACGGCACCAACCAGCCCGUCAUCGACGCCGUCGACUUUGUCGGCAUGGACGCCUACGCCUACUUUGAGGACACCAAGCCCAACGCCAUCGAGAACGGCGCCGCCCUCUUCCGCUCCGCCCUGAGCCAGACACAGGCCGCGGCCGGCGGCAAGCCCGUCUGGGUCACCGAGACUGGCUGGCCCGUCAGCGGCGACGACUUUGGCGAGGCCGUCGCGUCCGUCGACAACGCCGAGACCUUUUACAAGGAGGUUGGCUGCCCCCUGUUUGGCAACACCAACAUCUGGUGGUACAUCCUCCAGGACGCCGCCCCCACGACGCCCAACCCCAGCUUCGGCGUCGUGGGCAGCCAGCUGAGCGACAAGCCCCUGUUUGACAUGUCCUGCAGCAACGACACCACCAGCUCGUCCUCCUCGUCUGUGGCUCAGUCGUCGACCAAGGAUUCCACGGCCACGGCCACGGCCACGGCCAGCGCCAGCGCCAGUGCCAGCGCUACUGGCACGGACAUGCCUCACGAGACCCUGCCCACCACGGCCAUUACGAGUGCGGUGCAGUCCGAGCAGCCACAGACCACCUCGGAGGACGGUGCUGCCGCUCCCACGCCGGUGCCUGGCGCCGGUGCCAAGAUGAACUCGCUGGGCGCGGCGGCUGUGGCCAUGCUUGUCGGUGCUGUUGCUCUGUAA